UGCGUAAUUUGGCAACAUUUUCAGCCAGCUGCUAAAAAAUUGCCAUCGUGAGCAAAUAUUGUAAAGCGGUUUUAUAACAAAUUUAUUUUAAAGGGCUCAUCCACCUCUGCUGUUACAAAGCAAAAGAAGCAACGGCAACGCAAUCGUCCAAGAAAUAAACGAAACCGUCUGGAAGACAUCGUGGUAUCCAAUUCACAAAAGGAUAGCGAAAUGCAAAAAUCGAGUAGUAAUCCACAGCAGAAUGCAUCAGCGGAUAAAACGCGCGAGCAGGUGAUGGCCGAACGUGAGGCCAAAAAGCAAGCGAAACUGGCGAAGAAACAGAAAUCUGUCACGCCAGCCACGACAAUUAUAACCGAAGUUGAGCAAACGACGAUCACUCAGAAGCUGACAACCACGACAACAACAACAACGAAAGAACAAAGCGAGCUGCCGCUACGCUCUAUAAAUGUCGCUGACACAAAAACUGCAUCUCAAUCAUCCGCACAAAACUCCACAGAUUCUGUUAACCCAACUGCCCCAGGUAGUGAAAAAACGCGUGAGCAAAUCAAAGCAGAGCGCGAGGCGAAAAAAGCUGCCAAACAAGCUGCUAAGUCCGCCAAGUCCAAUAACGUGGAUGCAGCAACGAAGCAAUUAAACAACCUGCAAGUCGCGACCAAGAUUGAACCUGCCCCAGCCGCAGCUGCAAUAGCUACAGGUGCAGCUGCAACAGCGGAUCACGAAAAGAAAAAGCCAGCACUUACCAAGGCGGAGCGUCGAGCCAUUCAGGAGGCGCAACGUGCUGCCAAGGCGCAGGGACAAACGAAAAAGACAACUGUGACGCCUGGAAGUGUUAAGUCGGCAGCAGGGAACAGCGUUAAGGCGACGCCAAAUGUGCCUGCCACGACCCACAAGGAACACAAACAUGACAGAAACGACAAGGAAGAAUCACCUGCCAAGUCGCCAUCAAAGGGUGGGACAGUCAAAGCGGAUCGAGAGUGCAAAGUGAAGCUGUUCAAUCAUUUGGUUAGCGCUGACAAAGACGCCAGCUUAUUUAUCAACGAUCCCAACGUACAUCCGAGCAUGGCUCGUCUGGGUGUACAAUAUGCUCAGCGGACUAUUGUUGGAUCCAAUGCGCGCUGCAUUGCAUUUCUGCAUGCACUGCGGCAGGUGGUUCAGGACUUUGAGACGCCCGCCAAAAAGGAGUUCGGACGUAGUCUUGAUGUGGCAGUCAAGCAUCAUGUGGAUCAUCUGAACAAAUGCCGACCGCUGGCCGUGUCCGUGUACAAUGCCUACAAGCAGUUCAAGAAUCAGCUGACGCAGUUGCCAACAGACACGCCCGAAACGGAGUUAAAGGAGCUCCUCGGACACUUUAUAGACACCUAUAUAGAGAAUCAGAUUGGCAAGGCCGCACAAGCUAUUAGCAGUUCCAUGCAAGAGAAGAUCACAGACGGCGACGUUCUGCUCACCUUUGCCUGCUCAUCCCUCAUUCAGUUCAUCUGCGAGGAGGCUAAACGGCGCAAGGUGACAUUCCGAGUAAUUGUCGUCGAUUCACGGCCUUUCUGCGAGGGACAGGAGAUGCUGCGUCGGCUGCACGCCUGCGGUAUACCAUGCACCUAUGUGCUCAUCAACGCCAUCAGUUACGUAAUGCCGGAGGCCACCAAAGUGAUGCUGGGAGCGCAUGCGCUAUUGGCCAAUGGAUAUGUGAUGGCGAGAACGGGUACAGCCCAAGUGGCGCUCGUUGCCAACUCCCAUAACGUGCCCGUACUCGUGUGCUGUGAGACGCACAAGUUCAGUGAACGUUUCCAGACUGAUGCUAUUGUCUAUAAUGAGUUGUGCGAUCCCAAUCUGCUGGUGAUGGAUGGAAAAUGCUCCCUCAACAACUGGCAAUCGAAGAGCCGGUUAACGCCACUCAACCUGAGCUACGAUAUAACGCCACCCGAGCUGGUCAGCGCCGUUGUCACCGAGGUGGCCAUCCUGCCUUGCACCAGCGUGCCCGUCAUUCUGCGGAUCAAGCCCGAUAUUGGCUAUUAAGAUGUUUCGCCUGAUUCAUGGACAAUUGUUGAAUAAAUAAUCAUUUUAUUAUAUUUUGAUCAAACAUUUUUGCAUAGUACAUUUACGGCUUGAAAAGCAGCUUAAUUGCCUGACAGCUAGCAGUAGACAUUACGAUAGUUAUCCUUUUAAAUU